GCAGGGAAAACACCGCGCAAGACAUACACACAGAGGAGCCGGCUUCCCGUUGCCCGCGAAAGGAAGGGAAAGAGGAGGUUUUUUGGCCAGGGCUGGGGAGCCUUUCCUCCUCUCUCCCGGCCCCCCUCUCCUCCCAUAGAAGGAGAGCCGCUGACUACUGUCCCUUGGCCUCUCUGGCGGAGAAGGGAAGCCGGCGAGAGGGGAGGCUCCUCGGCGCGGUCUCGAGCGGGUCCCCCGUUAAGCCCCUCCUCCGGCUCCCUUCUCGGCUCGGAGGGAGGGAGAGUGGGAAGGCGGCCCGGGACUCCUCCUUUUCCCUGGGCUGCCAGGAGGGAGGCUGGGGCUGGAGCCAUGCCCCUCGCGAGGAAGAGCAAGCGGCGGAGGAGGAGGAGGCAGAAGAGGAGGAGGAUGAGGACCACGGCGGCGGCGGAUCUCCGCCGGUAGCGCGCCGCCUGGAAGGAGGGCUCGGGCUCGGGCUCGGCGCGUCCUUCGGGGGCUCUCCUUCCCCUUCUCCCUCCGCCUCGGCCAUGAGGCGCCUGAACCGACGGCUGGUCUGGUGGCUCCUGAGCGUGGCGUGGGUGGCGGCGCUGGUGCUGCUCUUCCUGGGGACGCGGAGGCGCGGGGACGGCGCGGGGCAGAGCCCCAGCACGGCGCCCAAGGGUUCUGACAUUGAUUGGGAUGACCUCUGGGAUCAGUUUGAAGAAAGAAAAUACCUGAGUGCCCGGAAGUGGAAGGGUGGUGAGGACCCAUAUCGACUAUAUGCCUUCAACCAGCGGGAGAGUGAGAGGAUCCCCAGUGAUCGUGCCAUUCGCGACACUAGGCACCACAGAUGCACUACAUUGCACUACCGUACAGAUCUGCCUCCAACCAGUAUCAUCAUUACCUUCCACAAUGAAGCUAGAUCUACCUUAUUGAGGACCAUAAGAAGCGUCCUGAACCGAACUCCUGUGCAUCUGGUCCAUGAAAUCAUAUUGGUGGAUGACUUCAGUGAUGAUCCCGACGAUUGCCGUUUGCUGAUCAAGCUGCCCAAGGUGAAGUGCUUACGCAACAGGAGAAGAGAAGGUUUGAUCCGGUCCCGCAUUCGAGGAGCAGAUAUGGCAGAAGCAGAAGUCCUUACUUUUUUGGACAGUCAUUGUGAGGUGAACAAGGACUGGUUGCUGCCCCUCCUACAAAGGAUCAAAGAGGAUCCAACCCAUGUGGUGAGUCCAGUUAUUGACAUCAUCAACUUGGACACGUUUGCUUAUGUGGCUGCUUCUUCCGAUCUGAGAGGAGGGUUUGACUGGAGUCUUCACUUUAAGUGGGAACAACUUUCUCCAAAGCAGAAGGCAAAAAGGACAGACCCCACAGAGCCAAUCAAGACUCCUAUUAUUGCAGGAGGACUUUUUGUAAUUGACAAGGCCUGGUUCAACCAUCUUGGAAAAUACGAUGCAGCAAUGGAUAUCUGGGGUGGUGAGAACUUUGAAAUCUCCUUCCGAGUGUGGAUGUGCGGUGGAAGCUUAGAAAUCAUCCCUUGCAGUCGGGUUGGGCAUGUCUUCCGGAAGAAACAUCCCUACAUCUUCCCAGAAGGAAACGCCAAUACUUAUAUCAAAAACACCAAGCGCACAGCUGAAGUGUGGAUGGAUGAAUAUAAGCAGUACUAUUACGCUGCCCGGCCUGCGGCUCAAGGGAGGCCAUAUGGAGACAUACAGAGCAGAGUGGAGCUGAGAAAGUCAUUAAAAUGUCACACCUUCAAGUGGUAUCUGGAGAGCGUCUAUCCAGAACUUAGAAUUCCUGAGGAAUCACUUUACCAGACAGGGAUGAUACGGCAAAGACAGAGAUGCCUGGAGACCCAAAAGUCAGAAGGACAAGACUUUCCGGUUGUGAUGUUAAACCCCUGUAUCACAAGCAAAGGUCCAGCAUCAGCAGCACAGGAAUGGACGUAUACAUAUAACCAGCAAGUCCGCUACCACCAGCUGUGCUUGUCCAUACAGACCCUCUUUCCGGGUUCCCAGGCAGUGCUUUUACCUUGCAAAGAAGGGGAUGGCAAACAGCGAUGGAAUAAAGUUGGUUCUCACAUUGAACACAUGGCCACACGUUACUGCCUGGACACAGAAAUGGUGGGCGACACCAAUGAGAACAUGAGAGAAGUUGUCAUUAAUCCCUGUGAGAGCACAGCAAUGAGUCAACGGUGGGAAAUGGUGAUGUCCUGACCACGACUGUCGAUAUACCAGCCAACUCACUCAAAAGGGACCUUUGUUUUGAACUGCCAAGGCUAUUGUCCAUGCUUGGGGUAAAGUGUGACUUGCCUUAGAGUUGGCCAGAAGCCAAAGAAUAAGGACAUACAGCUGUGCCUAGGUUGAAGAAAGCACACAAGUGCUGGCUCUGAGAGCCACAGCAUUAAGCACAUCAGAUGGGGCCAUACAUCUGUACAGCUCAGAAUAAUAUUACACAAGGAUCUUCAUCUGUUAGCUAAAACAGAAGAUGCUCUUCUCAUUUUUGAGAAGGACACCUGCUGAAAUCAGUCAACAUGGUAUCAGUAAAGGUGGGUAGAAAAACUUCAGAAACAAUAAGUGGGAGAGUAACUCUUUGCAGGAAAGGGUGGGAUAGGGUAUUAUACAAAUAUAGAAAUGGUCAUGUUGAAAAUUGGAUAGAAAAGGAAUCUUGCAUUCCUGAUUGAUUAACUGAGCACAUUUCCGGAAAGGUGCUGGAGUAAGCUAUAUUGCACAUAAGAAUUAACAUAGGAUCCAGAUCCUUGUUGUGUGUGAGAUACUGUAUAAGAAUGUAUGUUUGAGAAAGAGAAAUAUUGCUAUCUGGGAAUUGUAUUCCAAAUGUAUUGGAUGGAUGUAGAGGAGAGGGAAAGCUAUACAAGUGUGCUGCACAAAGUUCAAAGUUUCCUUCAAGAUUGGGAUGGGCAGGGGGACUAGAAAUAAUCUGUGUUAACCCUGAACUGACCAUAGUUGGAGAGGUGGGGCAAAUUUCGAUUCUGCACAAAGCCACACAUCCAGCGUGUAACAUAUUCUCUAAUCUCACACUCUGCCCAGAGUUGUCAUGUGGGCUACCCUAUAAGAAGGACAAAUGGCAAGCCUUUGCACUUAAUAAUCACCACUACUCCCAAACUGGUGGCCUCUGAGCUUUGGCAAGUAGCCCAGACUGUCAAUUUGUAGCAUAGAUUGUGCUGCUCUUCUGUUGAAUUCCCACAAUUUACAGCUGCCUCCCUCUGAGAUUGCACACUAGAGAUGGCCAUGUUUGUUUUUCAGCAAUUUUCAGAAGGCAAUGUAUUGUUAUUGUUCCUUGUGGUAUAAGACUUUCUUCUUCUCCCUCAUCUCUGAUCCACAGAGGUCUUUGAUUAUGUUGUUCUUGUUGUGGAAGAACAAAGUACCCCUGCAAACAUAUUGAUCAAGAAAUUAUAGUAGGACCUGGGAAUAUUUAUGCUUAUUCAUGGUAUACAAUGAGCAAUGAAUGUUGUCAUCAAACACUCAUUAAUACAUAUGGGUCUGCAUAAUCUGAUUGUGUGAGCAGUGCUCCAAAUCCAGAUUGGAAUGCAGUAAAACUUAUCUGGGUCAUUUAAGAAAAUGUAUUUGUGUGCCACAAAUGAAUCUGAUAUUGCUCUAGCCAAUGCUAGUUUUGUUGCACUAAUCUGAUCCAGCCUAUAUGUGAGAUUGAGUCAUGACUGUAUGAGAGGCUGAUUAACACUGUUCCUUUUCCCACUUCAAGGAGGUCUCAGCUGAGCCUAAAACCACCUGAUGAUGCUCCAUAUCUGUAAUGUGUCUCUCACUGUUUAAAGACCUUGGAAUUGGGAAAAAUUUUCACAUACAUCAUAAAAAAUAUUUUGCUAUUUGCA